UGCAGACAGCAGGCAGCUAUUCUCCCUCUAGACAAAGGCAAAGUCAGAGACCCUUCUCCUUUCCAUUGUUGCGUAGCUGUUGUCUGCAGAUACCCAUUUUCAAAUCUCUAUCUCUUCUUCUAUAAUCACUUUCACGGCUCUUCUUUUCUUGUUUCUCAUUAGAAAUAACAGUUUCUCUUAAUUCUCUGUUUGUUCUUUUCUUUGUUUGUUUGUUUGAAUUGUUGUUGCAGAGUGAAAAUGGCGGUCAGUUCUCGACCAAGAAACGCAGAGUUGCUUCAGGUUCCCAGGAAGUUUAAGGACAGAGAUGCUACUCCUGAAAGAACCAAACUCUGGAUUGAACCUAAACCCAAAAACGCUACUGAAAGAAAAGUUCCUGUUGUUUAUUAUCUUUCUAGAAAUGGCCAGCUUGAGCAUCCCCAUUUCAUGGAGGUCCCUCUCUCUUCCACCAAGGGUCUCUAUCUCAGAGAUGUCAUCAACCGCUUGAACAUUCUUCGAGGUAAAACCAUGGCUAGUCUCUACUCCUGGUCGUCUAAACGGAGCUACAAUCACGGCUUUGUUUGGCACGACUUAACCGAAAACGAUUUCAUAUAUCCAGUCCACGGCCACGAGUAUGUUCUCAAAGGAUCGGAGCUUCUUGAUCCUUCUAUAAACCCUAACAAAACCCUCCUCCUAGAAGCAACAUUGUCUUCCAGAUCACUGAAACCGCCAGAGAUUCACAAGUUAUCGUCCAAUGAGGACUCCGAUUUUCCAGUGAUCACGCGGCGCAGAAACCAAUCCUGGAGCUCCAUCGAUCUCAAUGAGCGUAAGGUUUAUAGAACUGAGCCAUUCUCCAAUUCGACUCGGAAACUCGCCGCUGAGGCAUCGACUCAGACUGAUGACAAGAAGAGAAGGAGAAGGCCAGCAAGGCAAGAAGAUGAAAUUGGAGAAAUGCAAGAAGAGAAAAGCCCAGGACCGGAGGUGAACCGUGAAGAAAUUGAGAUCUCACCUCCACCGUCAGAUUCUAGCCCCGAGACAUUAGAGUCAUUGAUGAAGGCUGAUGGGCCAUUGAUAUUAGGCACCGGAAGCGGAAAUGAGGAAAGUUUGAAUCGGACGGUGGAUAACUGUGGGCGGAUGAAAGCGCCGACAGUACUGAUGCAGCUGAUUUCGUGCGGUUCAAUCUCAUUUAGGGACUGUGGAGCCAUUGCGGUGAAGGAGCGGGAGUUUUCGUUGAUCGGACAUUUCAAAGGGAGGUUGCCACGUGGAGGAGGGAACACGGAGACGGAGGGGACAACAAAGAAUUUAAUGAAUUCUGGAGGGGUAAGAUUGGAAGACAAGGAGUAUUUAAGUGGGAGCUUGAUGGAUACCAAGAAAGACGAGGUCCCCGCUUUGAAGAGGUCCAACUCCUACCAUGCAGAAAGGAGGUCGCAGUCAUUGCAAUUGGGUGGAAAGGAGGAAGAGGGAGCACACACCAAGUGCAUACCAAGGAAGCCAAAAGCAAUGCCAACCAAGAAAGCAAGCAACAAUAGCUUCGCUGGUGACACUAAUAUUAGUAGGAGCAAAAGAUUCGAGAUCCAAAUGGAAAACGAGACGAAAUGAGAACAAGAAACACCAAAAUUUUGAACAUGUAGCUGGUGGUGUGCAACCCAAAACUAAGAGCACAAGUAAAAAACAGCACGAUAAAAAGAAAGAGAGGAAUAGGCUUAAUUCUGAGGAGGUGGAUUGCAAAUCACGCCACGGUGGUCGAACUUACAUAGCUGAAUAAAAUGAGUGAGAAUUUGGAAAUCCUAUAAAAGGAAAUUCUCCUCUUAGUGUGUAAAUGUUGAGUUGAAUUUGGAGAUUUAGGGCUUAGUGUCAAUGCUACAUGUGGCUUAAUUUGGGUGAUUAGGUGCUAAAUCCUACUAGCUGUUCAGAAGAUUUAUUUAAACAUAGGAUAGUUUUGACUCUAAGAACAUGGGAAACAGAAUUUUGUCGUUGGUAAUGUCGUUUGCCUUUAGAGUUGAUGGUCUCUAAGUAGCCAUGUGAGCUAGGUAAUUAUUUUGGUUUUCCAUUUGAAAUGUUGUUUGUCUAAAUAAUAUAAAAAUCUAAAUAUAUUUAAAGCCAAUAUAUUAAAAUUUAGACAGAUC